GUUGGUACCAAAGGUGUAGUACCAUCUGUGAAUUGGUAACUCUAUAUUGAGUUUGUUUUAAAUGUAUGUAUUUGGGCUAGCAAAUUUUAAAGGCGUGUCUGAAACAAAGAGAUUUUGUACACACAUAUAGUGAGAAAUAAGAGUUAGUGCAAGGCAUGUUGGUGUGCGUCCUCUCCGGUCAGUGCAAGGCAUGUCAGGUUUUGUUAGUUGGAAAGUAUCAAUGUCUGGGUGGUGCUGGGUUGCUGCGCAACAUUCACAAAACUAAGGACGACUCAGGAAGUACUCACAAUCACUAAAAAGUUGUGUGACAAAGAGAUUUUUCUCGUGGAAGUCAUCGGUUAAUGCUUAAUAAGUAAUUCCUCUCUCCGGUACCAUGUGAUAAAGAAGAGACACUAGAGAGAGAAAUGACACGCAGGGGCGGCUCUAAGGAGGUUGACAGAUUCCAAGAGUUGGAGGCAGAAUUGAAGUUGCGUGGAUAUAAUGGCAUCUGGAAGAGGCGCACCGGAGAUCCAGCUGAUGGUUGUGCAAUAUUUUGGAAUGCGUCAAGAUUCAAGUUGGUGCAUGAAGAAUUUAUUGAAUUUAAAAAGUUCGGGCUUCGGGAUAAUGUAGCCCAGAUAUGUGUAUUUGAGUCUCUGGGUCAGCAGAAUAAGAGUGUCACACCAGCUCUCUCAGCAAGACCUGGUCACUCCAAUAAGGUUGUAAUUUGUAAUACUCAUGUGCUUUUCAAUCCUAGAAGGGGAGAGAUUAAGCUUGGACAGGUUAGGGUGCUUCUGGAUAAGGCUGAUGGUGUUUCAAAACUUUGGGACAAUGCUCCUGUUGUGAUCUGUGGAGAUUUUAACAGUACACCAAAGAGUCCAUUGUACAACUAUAUUGUCGAGGAAAGGCUAGACUUAUCAGAAGUGCCUCGAGAUAAAGUGUCAGGACAGGAGUCUGCUACAAUUAAUACAGUGAAACGUAGCAGCCUCAAUCCUAGUGCUAGACACCAGGAUGCAGUUGACUCUGCUCAAAGCUCUGCACUGGCUGCUGAGAGAGAAGUAAAAGACAGUAAGAUGACAUUAGAUGAACAAAAGCUCGAUUCUCCAGAAAAACAUUCAGCAAGUGGAUCUUCUGUAUGUAUCUUGUCUCAGCCUCAGAGUUCUGUGGUAUAUGAGUCCGGCAGUUCUUGUAUGGUUAACCCAUGCUCCGAGGGUACGAAUGAGUUACCUAGAGAAACUCAUGGUAAUGUUUCUGUUGGUGUCUUUAGAGAAGAUCCAAGUAGUUCUCGUGGUGAAGGUUCAUUGUUUCCAGUUGAAGGUACGAGUCAUGAAGUAAGUUUACUAGAAUCUUGUCAAGAAGAUGAAUAUGAUAAAGACACUCAGGGUGGAUGCAACGAUGCCAACCCUAAUGCGAAAUCUUGCUCUUCUCACAAAAUUUUUGAAGCAGAAGUGUGUUCCGGAACGGCAUAUAGACAGAAAGAUGGACAGUCCAAAGUAGAUGAUUUUGGUUCUGAAAAUGUUAUGAGUGUUCACGGACCUACAAUAGCCCAUUGUUCAGAUAUGUCAUCGUUGGGGCUAUUUUCUGAUUCUUCAAAUGUACAUGAAGUUUCUCCUCUGGAAACCUCUGAAAGUGUAUCAUCAAUUGGUAAAGAGAGUUGCACUAAAACAUCACAUGAACAUAAAACCUCACACGCAGAGACAUGUUUUGAUGUUUUGUUGGGCGAAAAGAUGGACAGCUUGUCACUUAAUGAGGUCUCUGGAGGCACAAAAGAAGAUGAACUUUUAGGCCACGAUCGUGAAACAUUUUUGUCUCAGUUAAAUGGUGAAGAUGAUUCCUUUCCAGCUCACUCUAACCAAUUUCAAAAAACUGCUCUCGAGGAAUUGAAUGAUUCCUUCGAGAAGUGUUACGGUUCCUUAGAGUUGCGUCCACUAGGAGACGAGAUAGCAGAUGAUGUUCCUGAUUUGGAUUCUGAGGUUGUUGACAUGGAGAAAUCUACUUAUGAUCCAUCAGCUUGGACUCCAAUGGAUUUAGAAACUGCUACAGGCAAUGCGGAUUGCACAAUAAUGGAACAUAAUCUGAAGUUGGCAAGUUCAUAUAGGGAAGUAGAGUUUCAGGAUUUUUCUGGAACAAGAGAUUCAACAGGAGAACCUGAGGUGACCAGCUAUCACAGGCUUUUCAUGGGUACAGUUGAUUAUAUAUGGCGUUCUGAAGGUCUUCAAACUGUGAGGGUGCUUGCUCCCAUUCCGAAAAACGCCAUGCAAUUUGUGAGAGGUUUCCCUACUAAGAAGUGGGGAAGUGAUCAUAUUGCUUUGGUUUCGGAAUUGGCUUUCACAAAUGAUGCAUCGGUUCAAGAUACUAGCGUCCAAAAUCAAUAAAAUCCUGUGCACUCUAAAGGACUGUACGAGUUUUCAGUGCGUAAACCUUUUUGUUCUUCCAGCGAAUGAGGGGUGAAAUUCAUCAUCGAAGGGUCUUCAAACAUAGAGACGAAGAAAAGACAAAGGGGGUUUAAGGGUGCUAGGGCGUUCAAAAUGCUAGUGCCUCAAUAAGGUAUCGACAGAUGAGUUCAUGGGGACCAGCAGAGUAUUUUAUCUUGAAUUUUGAAGGAUUUUUGUUCAUUAGCUUGUUUAUUUUUCUUUUGUUUUAUUCUGUGCCCCGGAAAAGAAAAAAGUACUAUUGUCAUUAUUCAGUUAAUUAACUGUAAAGGUAGUCAGAGUUGACUUUUAGAAAGCUUUUUGUUCUUCGAAAGACAGGAUUUUCCUCUUAUCUGAGCUAUCCUUUUUCCUUCAGAGUAAACACGUAUUGUCGUAAUAAGAUCCUUGGUAAA